AUGUCUAUCACAGCUUGGCAUCCCGAAAUUCAAGAGGAGGUUCCUCUCAGUGCAGCCUUUGCCACGUUGGCAGAUGAAAAGUACUGUGAUGUGUCUCUCCGAGGCAAUGACAAUGGAGAACUGAUUCGGGCGAGUCGCAUUGCCUUGUCCGUUCGCAGUCCUUUCUUUGCCGUCAUGUUUGAGAAUGAAAACUUCAAGGAAACCAAGCAAGACAUUGUGUCCAUUGCAUUUUCCAGCACACUUCUGAAGGCCAUUGUGGAGUACAUUUACACGGACAAUCCCAGUUUUUUGAACAAGAUGACCAAUUCGCCACCAUCUGACGCGGAAAUCGAAAUCACCCCAGAAUUCAUGGAGUCGAAAUUCCACUCCUUGGUGUCAUUGACAGAGGCCGCCGUGUACUUUGGAUUGCCAGGGCUUUGCCAAAAGACACAGACUUGCCUCUCUACUCUCCUGACCGAAAGCCAUGCCUUAGCCUUUGCCAUUUUGGCUGCAUCCAAACAAGUGGGGCCAGUGAUUUCGGAGGAGUUAACAACUCAGGCAAUUGAAAUAUUUGAUGAUGUACGCUCUGAUGUACUCAACAAAGUGGUUCUUGGGGGCAUUGAUGCCAUCACACUGAAGGCAGUGAUUCAGGACAACAGUCUUUGGAAGAAUCAUGCUUGGCGAAGCGAGGCAGUUUUCCGCGUGCUCCCUGCUUGGUGCGAGAGCAACCCAUCAACGCCCAAUGAAACCAAAGAAGGUCGUCAAGAAGAGGCCAUGAUCAUGUGGAAGGAUGAAGGGCUUGGAUUUGUCCAACCAGAGACUCAGAAGUUCCUCUGGUACCAGGUUGAUCCCCGUCCCGAGGCCGAGGCUCGGCUUAAUACGCUUCUUUUCUGCAUUGGUCCUUUUUUGUUGGGCGGAAAGUAUCAAUGGGAGUUCAACAAAAAGUUCGACAGCCAGAAUUUGGGCUCAAACAGUUGGCUUGGGAUUAUCAAAACAACGACGCGAUGGUCAGAAUCUGAGUGCAAGGGGCGGCGGUUUGGCAUCAUGGGCGACAAUGGAACUAGUUGGUCCGAUGGAGUAUGCACUCAACUUGGCCCCGACACCAUUUUUGGUAUUGGAAGUCAUCACAUUAUCAUGGCUCUGGACUUGACGUCGAGCAAUGGAGACAAUGGUACGCUGUCAAUCACCAUCAAUGAUCGAGCCCCGAUUGUGAUCAGUUCCAAUCUACGAGGACAUCUGGAGGGACCUCUGGUUGGCUUUGUGCCAGUUGUGCGGGGAAUCUUCCAAGUCGGCACAUUAUUUGGCUUUGAAGAACUGGAGACAGCCGCUUGUCCGGCCGAGGAAGCGUCGGAUGAGGAAAGCGACGACGGGGUUUGGGCUUAA